AUGUAUUUAUUAUUAGUUUUUCUACCAUUUUUUGGUUUUUUGUUAGUUACCGUAUUUGGACGCUUUUUCGGGUAUAGGGGCGCACCAUUACUCAGCACGUUUGCAGUCAUGAGUUCUGCAUGCCUCUCCUUUGUAGCGCUUUAUGAAGUAGGGAUUUGUGGAAGUCCUUGUUAUGUCCAAUUUCUCCCAUGGUUCCAAACGGACAUGUUUGUCGCUUCUUGGGGAUUUCUUUUUGACAGUUUAACUGUUAUUAUGUGUGUCGUUGUCACCUUCGUCAGUAGUCUAGUACAUAUCUAUUCCAUUUCUUACAUGGGGGAAGAUCCACAUUUACCAAGAUUUAUGUCGUAUUUAUCAGUUUUUACUUUUUUUAUGUUGAUGUUAGUCACAUCUGAUAACUUUCUCCAAAUGUUUUUUGGGUGGGAGGGUGUCGGUGUCGCAUCUUAUUUAUUAAUUAAUUUUUGGUAUACACGACUUCAAGCCAAUAAAUCUGCAAUCAAAGCAAUGCUCGUCAACAGAGUCGGUGAUUUUGGACUAGCUUUAGGAAUUAUGGGUAUUUUCCACAUUUUUAAAGCGGUUGAUUUCGAAACUGUUUUUGCAUGUGCUUCUGAGUUUGCUUGUCACCAUUUCUUGUUUUUUCAUAUGGAAGUACAUACACUAACCUGUAUUAGUUUACUUUUGUUCAUUGGUGCCAUUGGGAAAUCAGCCCAACUUGGAUUACAUACAUGGUUACCAGAUGCUAUGGAAGGACCAACACCUGUUUCAGCAUUAAUUCAUGCAGCUACAAUGGUAACGGCUGGUGUUUUUCUUUUAGCAAGAUGUUCACCUUUAGUGGAGUAUUCUUCACAAGCGUUAGUUGUCAUUACUCUUGUCGGUGCGUCUACAGCAUUUUUUGCAGCAACCACUGGGGUAGUACAAAAUGAUUUGAAAAGAGUUAUUGCGUAUUCAACUUGUAGUCAAUUAGGAUAUAUGAUGUUUGCUUGUGGUAUUUCGCAAUAUGCUUUAGGUGUUUUUCAUUUAAUGAAUCAUGCUUUUUUUAAAGCUCUUCUUUUCUUGAGUGCUGGGUCCGUGAUCCAUGCUCUUGGAGAUGAACAAGAUAUGCGAAAAAUGGGUGGUUUGGUGCGUCUACUUCCAUUUACGUACUCUAUGAUGAUGUUGGGUUCGCUCGCACUCAUUGGAUUCCCGUAUUUGACUGGAUUUUACUCAAAAGAUGUCAUCUUAGAAGUGGCUUAUGCAAAGUACACAUUAAGUGGCAAUUUUGCUUAUUGGUUAGGUAGCGUGUCAGCAUUAUUCACAUCCUAUUACUCUUUUAGAUUACUUUACUUAACCUUUUUAGCAUCACCACAAAUGCUGAAAUCGUCCGUACAAAAUGUCCACGAUGCUCCAUUUUUAAUGGGUCUCUCGCUUUGCUGUUUAGCGCUGGGAAGUAUCUUUGGAGGAUUUAUUGCAAAAGAUAUGAUGAUCGGUCUCGGCACAAACUUUUGGGGAAAUGCUGUAUUUACUCUUCCAACUAAUACGUUAGUUCUUGAAUCCGAAUAUAUUCCACAAGCAGUGAAAUUUGUUCCAAUCAUUUUUAGUAUCCUAGGGGCAGUGUUUGCUGUGAAUUUAAACGGGUUUGGUAGUUCUUUCUCAUAUUCUCUUAAAACGAGUGUUCUUGGAAAACAACUAUAUACUUUCCUCAAUAAACGUUGGCUUUUUGAUAAAGUUUAUAAUGACUUUGUCGCGCGACCAAGUUUACAUUUUGGAUAUACUAUUUCGUUUAAACUUGUAGACAAGGGGUUUUUGGAAAUGUUCGGACCAACUGGAAUUAUGCAACAAUCUGCCUUUAUGCGACAUUUUGUGAAAACCGUUCAAACUGGGUCAAUCUACCACUACGCUUUCAUGAUGUUUGUGAGUUUAACUAGUAUUCUUGCUUUUUUCUUGGUUGCAACCACAAGUGUUGGUGCCUUUUUAGAUACAAGAAUUAUUGUAUUAUUAUUCUUAAGUUUUUUCUGGUUAUCUGACAAGUAA